AGAUUCUCCACAAACCAGCUUCAGCCUUCAGCAUCCGCACUCCAAUUAUUAUCACAGGCGGUCGCACCGAGGCGCUUUGCUUUUUUACUCCUUACCCUUUUGCUUUUCUAUAUUUUCCUCCUCUUCCCUCUUUUCCCUCCUCUUCCAGUUAACAUCGUCGCACUGUAUUCUUUGCCUCCGCAUCUGGUAACUCCUCCGGAGAGAAGAGUCCAAAAAGAGGAAGAGCCCCAGUUGGGUUUGACCCUAGUUCUGGGGUCACCCAGGUACUGAUUUCUUUUGGGUUCUGUUUUGUCGGAGAGUUGUGAUAGCGUUUACUGUUGUUGUGAUUCGGGUCUUUUGGGAGUUGGAGUCUAUGUAGAAUCUAAUUGGGAUUGUUGAGGGUGUGCAACGGUUCAAACGAUUGGUGUUUAUCUAUUGAGUUUUAGUCAGGAUGCCAUGAAUUUGAAGCGAAGGGGUGGGGUAAAGGGAGUGAAGAACCGAUGGAUUUGAUUUACUGCGAGGAGGAGAUUGAAAGAUUCUAUGAUACUCGUGAGGAGAUCUCCUCUGUUUCUGAUUGGGGAUCUGAUUGCUCUGAGAACUGUAGCACAAGUUUUGGGGAUGAUAGAGAUGUUCCUGAAAAUUUCGGAUAUGGCGGAUGGAUAAGAAACUUGGAAAGUGUUUAUGAACGCAGAAACAAAUUCUUCCAGUGGAUGAGUUUGGAUUUGGAUUUGGAGAAUUCUGAUAACAAAGAUGAAGAGGAAGGGGUUUCAUUUGGGAGGGGUUAUCGUGAUCGAAUAUUGGAAGAUUGUGGAACGGUAUUGCGACUUUCGGGUUCUGAAGGGGAGUUAUCUUCAAGUUUUACCAUGUCUUCCAUGUCGGAAGAAGCUCCAGAAUCAUCAGGAAAUGUUUCUGUGGAGGAAAGUUAUGGUUAUACUAUCAGGAAUUUGGACAAUGGGACUGAGUUUAUUGUGGAUUGUUUCAGUCAAGAUGGAAUGUUGAACAUGUUACGCGAAGUCGGUUCGAACCGAUCGUUCAGUUUUGAUGAAUUUGAGAGAAACAUUGGGCAGACUCCCUUGGUUCAGGAACUCUUCCGCAAAAAUGUGGAAAAGGCUAGGCCUAUAGUCAAUGUCAGGAAAGAGGUAAAGAAGGGUUGGCUGAGAAAAUUGGGUGCGGCGGCGUGUAUAGUUGACAACAGGGAGGGUGCAGUGAAGCAUGACAAUCUCAAUUCAUCGUCUAAGGCUGGGAUGCAACAAGUUCGUGUUCAUCCAUAUAAAAAGCAAGCCAAGGAUUUAUCAUCCCUUUUUGUGGGACAAGAAUUUGAAGCACAUAAAGGACCAAUUUCUACAAUGAAGUUCAGUUUUGAUGGAAGAUACUUGGCUACUGCAGGCGAAGAUCGUGUCGUGCGUGUAUGGCAGGUCAUUGAAGAUGUGAAAAUUGAUAAUUUCAACCUUCACAAUGUUGAUCCUUCCUCUAUGUACUUCACAACGAAUCAUUUGUCCAAGCUAGACCCCUUGGAUGUGAAAGAGACCGUAGGCAAGACAAAAUUGAAGAGAUCAUCAAGUACAGCCUGUGUAAUUUUUCCACCAAAUCUAUUUAGGAUAUUGGAGAAACCGUUGCACGAGUUCUCGGGACACAGCGGUGAGGUCUUGGAUCUAUCUUGGUCGAAGAAAGGGCUUCUGCUGUCGUCUUCUGUCGAUAAGACUGUACGUCUUUGGCAGCUGGGAUGCGACACGUGCAUAAGAGUUUACUGUCAUAAUAACUACGUAACCUGUGUAAGUUUCAACCCUCUAGAUGAAAAUCAUUUCAUAAGUGGCUCGAUAGAUGGUAAAGUUCGGAUCUGGGAAGUUCUUGCUUGUCAAGUCGUUGAUUAUAUCGAUACUCGUGAGAUAGUGAGUGCUGUCUGUUACAGACCGGAUGGAAAGGGAGGAAUCGUCGGGUCCAUGACUGGAAACUGUCGUUUCUAUAAUAUUAUAGAUAAUCGGUUGGAGCUCGAUGCUCAAAUAUGCUUAAAUGGCAAAAAGAAGUUGCCUGGGAAGAGAAUAAUUGGUUUUGAGUUUUCUCCUAGCGACCCGAGUAAACUAAUGGUCUGCUCUGUUGAUUCGCCGGUUCAUAUAAUUUCUGGGGGUGAUAUCAUUUGCAAGUUCAAGGGUCCUCGAAAUGGUGGAAACAAGAUGUCUGCUUCUUUUACCUCUGAUGGAAAGCAUAUUGUUUCAGCCAGUGAAGAAAACAUCUAUGUUUGGAACUACAAUUGUAAGGACAAAGCGUCUCGGAAAAAGAAAAUUUGGUCAUCUGAAAGUUUCUUUUCUCAUAAUGCGUCGAUAGCUAUACCUUGGUCUGGUGUGAAAAUCACACCCGAAUCCCCCCUGUCCCCAGCACGAGUUUGUGUUACAGCAGAAAGUAUCCCUGAAAUGGAGCCUAAGUAUCCAAAUGACGAUGGUGAUAGCGAACACAAGGUUCCAUCAUCGUCACCGGAUUGCUUCUCUCUAAGUCGCAAUCUUUUUCCCGAGUUGCUCAAAGGAACUGCAACUUGGCCAGCGGAGAAACUCCAUGAUUCCAGCUCAAUGGCACCUUCACCUUCCAUGUGCAAGACUGAGUUCAAGUUUUUGAAGAAUGCCUGCCAAAGCAUGCUUAGCUCUCCACACAUGUGGGGUCUUGUGAUUGUUACCGCUGGAUGGGAUGGACGAAUCCGAACAUUUCUCAACUAUGGUUUACCCGUUCGGUUAUGAAUCACUCGGUAUCUUCGCUUGCAUUUGCUAGGUUUGUGAGUAUCCUUAGAACAGCAUAUUAAGUCUACAGCAACCUGCCAAGUUAAGGGGGUUCAUGAAUUAUGAACCGCCCUCAAUGUAAUGUUCGAAUCACACUGACCCGUGUUGUUUCUAUGAUUUAGUCAACAUCCUUUGCAGGUCGUCGAGAUGUCGGAAUCCAUCUGGAAGGGAUGUCGUUAUAACAGGUUUAAUUAUCAUAUACAUGAUUCUUUUAUUUUUGAGACUGGGAGCCUGCUUUCAGGAAAUAGAAAGAAGAAAACAAAAAACAAAAAGAAAGAAAAAAGUAAAGGAAAUGGGUAUGUGCAAUAAUUAUUACAUUACAUUAUGUGUAUAAUAGAGGCAUCUAUCUGGUGGGUCUUUGCUUGUGCUGCCCCCCUAGAUAUGGAUAACUGUGUUCUUGUGUUUCCAUUCAAUGAAGGAAAUGUCCUUUCAUGUUUGAGCUGAA